AUGGUGGGGGGGAACCCCGUCAAGGGGCUGGGCGGGGCCGUUGGGCCAGUGUAUCGAGGGAGGUUUGUCGACAGAUUUCCAGAGUUCCCCACAGCUGGAAAAUUGGUACCAAUUGGAGAAACAGCUUCUAGUUGUCUCACAGAAAUCUUACCCCGACCACUUACUCCACCUGUUGUAAAAAAGUUUCGAAACACCACGUAUCCACUCCUUGGGAGAGAAAGAAUAUUUUAUGGUCGAGCAAACGACCCUGAUAUUGCAUCUUGUUUGACACAUGGUGUAAAAACCAUACCAUCAAUAAAGGCAGCCUUACUGACAAAUCCACCUCCCAAAACAUGCUUUCAACAAAAACUGAAAGAGAAGAAAGAAUCUGUUUAUCUGAGCAAUCGUGAAGCACCCCUCGGGAAGUGCCAUGAUCUGGUGUCAAGGUUACCUAAAGGACUGGAUUUGACUAACACGACAUUUGGAGUAGCAACCAUCAGAGAGGGGCCUGGUGGAGAAGUUAUAAAUCCACCAAAGACAUUUGAAGAAGUCAAUAAAGAAGCACUCGACGGGCAUGAAUUGUAUGUUGCAUCUCACAAUGAUUAUUCUGUUGGGGAGCCCAUGAAUAGAAAAUAUGACCCAUCUACGUUCAAAAGGUUUAAUCUUUAUGGGAAAGAAACACCACAUUUUAAUGAUGGACGAAAUGCAGCCAGAACUUUACGCUGGCUCCAUGAGAUGCAGAUGAAGAAGUCAGCAAAAAUUGUGUCCAAAAUAAGUGAUGAUUUCAAGGAAAAAUUUCAGCCUCAGCUUGGAAGAGUCCUUGAUCCCAUAGCAGAUACGCUUAAUGUUCCUCCAGACCACAUAUUUGGGAUAUGCCUAAAACCUGACGAUCACGGUGUUGGGGACCUUCUUCAUUAUCGGCUUCCUAGUGAAUACCUACGAGGGAAAGACAGAGAACGGGCUGUUUUUACUGCAAUUCGACAGAAUUUGAAGAAAGCUAAUUACCACAACUUUGAAACAUUAUUAGAAGCAUUCAGGCACUAUGAUAAGGAUGGUGAUGGGAAAAUAAGCAAAGACGACUUAAACAAGGCCUGCUUUCAGCUUAAUAUUGACUUGGAUGCAGAGCUUCUGGAUGCUUUAUUUGAUUUCUGUGAUUUGGAUAAAGAUGGCUUUAUUGACUAUCUGGAGUUUGUAAACUUCCUCAACUGGAAAGACAAAAUGUCUCUUGGCGAGUAUGAAAAAAACAUAAUUACAAAAGGUAUAAGAGCUCCUUUAGAUCUCACUCCCCCUGAAGGUACAGAAAACAAAACAGAUGAAAAUGCUAUUCUAAAGCCUGAAAACAUAGUACAAAAGGAGCCAGGAAGUUCAGAAUUGACACCCAGAACACUUUCAAGACCAACAGAUCGUGUGUUUUCUGAUUAUCGUACAACUUCUUCUCAGUAUAACGCAGUCGUAGGAGGCAUUCCUUCCACAUUUUUCCCAUUAUAUGGAGUUCCAACCAUUCGUGCAGAUAUCCCUGCACCUCGCUUUCGACGCAUUAGUGACAUCACUAAUUAUGGAGAUCAAGCCAGUGCAUAUGCAUUAUUAUAUCCAUCUAUCUAUAGCAAUAAAGGUGUAUAUGAGACAGACUUCUUCAAGACAAGGCCAAAAGAAGAGGUUGCACACGUUCUGCGCAACAUUGGUGUGAGUAUUUCCGAUGAAAGUUUUGAUGAAGUAUGGAGGCAGGCCUGCCUGAAAGAUCAUAGAGGAGAGGCUUGUGUGGAAUCUGUCCGAAAUGUACUGGAUGAGAUGCAAGCAUCACACAUAAAGCAGACGACGAGUUCUCUGUGA